AUGAUUUUUCGUAAUUCUCUAACCCCUACUGUCAUGGCUUCGGCAAGGGAAGAGCUGUCAGAGACGGCACCGCUCUUGGCCGCAGAAUACCAGUCUCGCACACAAACCCAUCCUUUACCCGCGCAAUCCGUUCCCGCCCCGUACAGUGGCUACGGCACCGCAGAUUGGCUCCGCGCACUCGUCCAGAGCACCCACGCUGAGGCGGCGGCGGCGGCGGCGGCGGCGGCGCCACCCCGAUGGUGGCUGCCGGCGCAGGGCUGGCUCGCCGCGUGCGUCGUUGGCGUCGCCACAGCGCUCGUCGCUUUCGUCGUCGACGUCAGCGUCGAGACCGUCUCGGACUGGAAGAGCGGCCGCUGCGCCGCGGGGCGGUUCUGGCAAAACAGACGCGCAUGCUGCGCCCUGGACGGGGGCAUGUGCCAGCAGUGGAAACCCUGGGCGGUGGCCUUUUCGCGCGCAUACUUGAUUUAUGUCGUGUUGGCGCUUGCGUUUGGCGCGUUUGCGUCGGCGCUGUCCCUGACUACGAGGCACGAUUUGGUGGUGGCCCAGCCAGAAUUGGACAGUCUCUCGCCGCGACAUGGACAGCAGCAGCAGCAGCAGCAGCAGCAGCAGACUGUCGUGGUCAAGACAAUAUACAUGGCGACGGGCAGCGGUAUCCCCGAAAUCAAAUCGGUGCUCUCGGGCUUUGACAUUCCGCACCUGCUCAGCUUCAAAGUCAUGGUCGUCAAGUCGGUCGGCGCCGUCUUUGCCGUCGCCACGGCCAUGUGCCUCGGCAAGGAAGGCCCCUUUGUGCACAUUGCCACCUGCAUCGGGCAUUUGGUUGCCGCCCGCCUGCCGCAGUACGCUGACAACGCGAUGCGCAUGCGCGAGAUACUCAGCAUCGCCUGCUCCGCGGGUCUCUCCGUCGCCUUUGGCGCGCCCAUCGGCGGCGUCCUCUUCAGCUACGAGGAGAUUAGCACCUACUUUCCCCGGCGGGUGCUCUGGCGGGCGUUUUUGUGCUCGCUGGUGGCGGCGGCGGUCCUGAAGCAGCUGAAUCCGACGGGCACGGGCAAGCUGGUGCUCUUUGAGACAAACUACGGCGUUGACUACGACGUUGCGCACUACGCCGUGUUUAUCCUGCUGGGCGUCUGCGGGGGCGUCUUUGGCGGUGUCUUUUGCUACGCGAAUGGUCUGUGGUCGAGGACGUUUCGACAGAUUCCGCUCAUCAAAAGCAGCCCCGUGCUAGAAGUAUGCGUCGUCGUGCUCGUUACGGCGCUGCUGCAGUACCCGAACCCGCUGAUUCGGGAGACGGGCGACAAGGUCAUGGAGCAGCUGCUCGUCGACUGCAACGACAUGGACGAGGGCUGGAUCUGCGCAGCCGAGGCCGCCGGUGCGCAGGGCAAAGGAUCCUACUAUGCGUGGCUCGUCUCGGGGACGCUCGUCAAGCUGGUGCUCACAAUCAUCACGUUUGGCUGCAAGGUGCCCUCGGGCGUCAUCAUCCCCGCGCUCGACGCCGGUGCACUCUUUGGGCGUAUGGUCGGCCAGCUCGUGCCGGACAUUUCCCCCGGCAUCUUUGCCAUGGUCGGAUCCGCAGCAUUUCUGGCCGGCGUGUGCCGCAUGACGGUGAGCCUGGCCGUCAUCAUGUUUGAGCUGACGGGCGAGGUCAAGUACAUUCCGCCCUUUAUGGUGGCCAUCCUGACAGCGAAAUGGGUCGCCGACUACAUCAGCACAGACGGCGUGUACGAUGUCGCGCAAACCCUGGUGGGUCAUCCGUUUCUGGAUUCGGAACAGGCUGUAGAAAAGCUGAGAGAGCACAAUCGCACAAGGGCGCCUCUCCGUGCCGAAGCGCUGCUGUCUCGGUCGCACAGGGCCAACGGGCUGACGCUGCGAGUCACGGCGGAGCGACAAGUCGAGGUGGCGCAUCUCCGCAGCAAGCUGGCCGAGGUCAGGGAGAAUCACAUUUGGGAACCCGGGUUCAUCUUGGUGAAUGAGAGCGGCAUCUGCUGCGGCUACGUCUCGGGUGAUGAUUUGCGCACGAUUGUAGCCGCCAUUGACAAGGACGCCAUGGCGGAACAAGGCGGCGUCGUCAACCUCGCGACAGAUGACUUUUCAGCCCUGAUUGACACAAGCCCGGUGUGCGUAUCGGCAAUGGCCCCCGUAGAGCACGCCGUGGAAAUGUUUGGCAAGCUGGGCGUGGCCUAUGUCGCUGUGGUUGCCGAGGACUCGUCGCGAUUCGUGGGCUUGGUGACGAGAAAAGACUUGCUGUGCUUUCUGGACUCGCUAUUGUAA